CUCAGGGAGCGCGCAGCGGGUCGAUCGACAGUGCGCUGUGUCCCUCGGACACAGCGGAUCACCGAUCACGGAAAGAGCCGAAGAUGUCUGCUCGGUCAUGUGAUCAGCUGUGUCCAAUCACAGCUGAUCACAUGGGAUAUCUACACUGAUCAUCAGGGCACUGAUGAUCAGUGUGCCCUGAUGAUUAGUGUAGCCAAAGCAGUGCCACCUGUCAGUGUCCAUCAGUGCCUUGUGUCAGUGCUCAUCAGUGCCUCGUGCCAGUGCCCAUCAGUGCCACAUCAAUGCCACAUAUCUGUGCCUACCAGUGCACAUCAAUGCCACAUAUCAGUGCCCAUCUGAGCUGCCUUUCAGUGUCACCCAUCAGUGUCUGUCCAGUGCCACCUAUCAGUGCUGCCAAUCAGUGCCACCUAUCAGUGCCAGUCAGUG